AUGUCUGACCUAACAUCAUUGCACAGCCAGGCAAAACGCCUAAUCCUUUUGCUGCGUGAGGGUCUUGAACGCCUGGAGGCAUUGGAGCGCAUAAGCAGCGAAAUGGACUCGAUUUGGAGAAUGCAAGUCAUCCGGGAAAACUCGAGCAAGCGAGAUGUUUGGAAACGAAAGGUGGAGCAAGUGUCCGAGGAGCUGGAUAGCAUUCGUCAGGCGCUGGAUCGCCACACGAGCAGGGAGUCCCGUCGUGCUGCGGAGCAGCGGGAACGCGAUGAGCUGCUGGCGCGCGGCGAGGUGGGGCGCAAAAUCAAGCAGGAGAUGGAUGAGGAGGCCCAAAUGGCGGGCAGUGUGCAACGAUCCAAGAGGUACCUUGAGGAGAUGUUUGACGCGGGAACUAACAUCCUGGCCAACAUGGCUGGCAACAGGGAACGCCUCAAGAGCGCUCAGAAGAAGGCGCUGGAUGUGCUGAACUCUGUGGGGCUGGGCGAAUCGAUGCUGCGCAUGAUUGAGCGACGGCAACGAUUAGACAUGUACACAGCUUAUGGCGGCAUGGCGAAGGUAUUGAAGGGUGUCAAGAGGGAAGGUGCCACUGAACCGCUGAAGCACCUGCUGGGCCCUGCUUGGUUCCCAACUUGGCGUGUUAGAAGUGUGGCAGCCGACUGGGCCGCUUGGUUCCGCCCGUGUAGACGUAGCCCAGCACUGCGCGACCUAGAAUAUAGCGGUGCUGAUAGGGAUCUUUGACUGCCGAUCCUCGCCACGCUCCCAUCACACAUGGCCGGUUGGGUGCCGCUGGGGAGCUGGUGUAGUUGUUCACCGGUCCGGUUGUUUUAAAUGGAUCUCACUGCUUAUCCCCUCGGCUUGGAACACUAGAACUGCAUGGCAACAGUGUAAACUCGUUGCCAAGGCGUGCCACUGCUUGGAUUUCGCUGUGUCGAACAGGGUAUGGACAGGGUGCCAUGCUGCCAACCUUUUUUCCACCUGUACGCUGUCAUGGUGUGUCGUUGUGAUCAGUGCGCUGCUGCGUGUUAGCUGUUUGCAAAUGCCUUAGCCGCAAAGGAGUCGCGGGUUCCGCGUGCCCGUCGAUGUAACGAUGUUUUGGUCUGG